UGCAUUUCGCCGAAAAAGGACUUAUCGAUGUAGAGUCUUGGUGCUGCGGAGCAUUGUUUUUAUUCGCCAUGCGCAAGAAUCGAACUAAUACGUGUCCGGGUAGUGGCGGCCAACCGUCACAUGCAGUGGGGCGCUUAAGGUUCCCCCAACAUUAGCGCUCUGUGAAAAGAUGCUCAGUUUAUCGAUCACUGCUCUUGUCAAAAGCCAAAUGUGUGCUCCGGAGGAUCGUCUCUAUUCACCAUGCGCAAGAAUCAAAGUAAUACCUACCACCUCUCCCUCGCCGCUUUCGCCACAUUCCGACUCGCCGCAUCUGACAGGUGUCCGGGCAGUGGCGGCCAACCGUCACAUGCAGUGGGGCGCUUAAGGUUCUUCCGACAUUAGCGCUCUGUGAAAAAUAUGCCCAUUGAUUGCCCUAUGGUGACACAUUAAAA